CGAAAGGGUGCCAGGUCGCCGGCCGCGGCCGACGCCCUUCCACAGCCGAACGCCACCUGUCUUCUUCCCCCUCUUUUCCUCCCCUUGCCUCUCCCUCUCUCCCGCUCUUCCUGCUUCCUCCCUUUUGCCCCUCCUCCCCCACCGUUCUCCUCCACUCUCACCCCAUUGCGCGCUGAGGACGGGUCGCGAUGCCGCCACGCUCACAGGGCUCGAAGAUCGCCGCACUCGCGGCCAACAUCCAAGUGCCGAUGGGCCCCCCUCCCUCGGCACGCCGGCCUACCCCAGCCGCCUCCUCGUCCGGAGACGCGGCCGAUGAGCAAUCCACUGGCGGAUCAUCCUCCGGAUUUGGGAGCCCGCCCCCUGGCUUUGGUGGCCCGCCUCCCGGCUUCGGCGGCCCGCCCCCCGGGAUGGGUUCCCCCCGGCCGGCGACCACGGUCCCUGCCGCCGCUCCGAGCACUGCAACCCCUCCGGCUGCCUCCGGCGAGUUCCAGCCGCUGAAGUCGGUUGCCCGCGGCCGCGCCGCGGCUCCCCGGCGCCGCGCUCCCACCAUGCCGCUGCGUAUCUACUGUGCGUCGGGCUACAAGUCGGUGGUCCCCUCCUCGACCGAUACCAUCCAGGAUACCAUCAAGUCCAUGAUUGAGAAGCUGGAACUCGAGGCCGAGGCCAAGCGCGGCGCCAAGUUCUCCCUCUAUGCGGUGGAUCCCUCCGGCAAGGAGGAGAAGCUUUCCUCCUCGGUCUCGGCGGCUCCCACCUUUGCGGACAUUGCCGGCCGCGCGCCGGCCGGUUCGUGGAUGGUGUACUUCCGGUCGGAGAAGGAGCGCCCCGCGCAGGCCACCCGGCCGGACCUCUUCACGGGCGGCGCGUCAAGCAGUGCGGCCCCGAUGCCGAUGCCGAAGAUGGCCGCCCCGGCUACGGCUUCCGGCUUCGCCAACCCGCCCACGACGGCCCCGGUCCCGGUCACCAAGCCCACUCCGGUUGCCGAGCCGGCCCCGGCGACAGCCGCGGCCUUUGCGGCGCCCCCGGCGUCGGCGGCGCCCGCGCCCGCGCCAUCGACCGCGCCUGGGUUCGAGGCGCCCCCGCCGACGGCGGCCUUCGCCCCCCCGCCCCCGACCGGCUUCGGGGCCCCGCCUCCGACCGGCUUCGGGGCUCCCCCCCCGCCAGCCAAGCCGGCUGGCCUGCGUAUCGAUACGGCCGCCGACCCUGACGCCCAGCUUGACGAUGGCAAUGAGGACAGCGAGGAGGCUCGCCUUCGGCCGACCACGCCGGCGGCCGAGAUGGAUGGCGUGCAAAUUAUCCCCGCCACUCCGGGCGGCCAUCAUAGCACCCCGUCGCGGCGCUUCAACACGGCCACCAUCGACUCGGUGGCCCUGGCCACGGUGGCCAUCCUGGUGGACAACAUCGUGUGUCAUGUGUUUGUUCGGCCCGACCUGGCUACCAUUGCCAUUAUGCCGACCGGCGAGUUUGGCAAUGGCACCGUCACCUCGCCGCUUUACAUCUCCGCGCCGCAGAUCUUCGCCAUCACGCCCCUGGUCACGGAUGACUCCUCGGGCCGCACCGAGUUCGAAGUGGCCUUCCUCCAGGCUGGCCGUCUGUGUGUUUCGGUCUUCUCAUACCUUGCCGAUUCCGAUGCCGAGGAGCAUCACACCGCGAUGCACCAGCUCGCUGAUGGAUAUGUUUGCCGGCCCCUGCCGGCCAGCCGGCCCCAGGUCUUGGUAUUCAUCGACCCGACCACACGCAGCGCCUACGAUGCCACGAUGCGCCUGGUCCUGGAGUGGGCCGGCUACAGCCAUGUGCUGGUGACCGCGGCCCCGAGUGAGGCCUACCACAAGGCACAGUCCAUUUCCUUCACCUCGCUGGCCAGCCCGUCCGCCUCGCCGGGGCUUGCGCCGAUGGAUGCCGGGUCCGAUGCCACCCCCCCAGUUGCCGGGAUCAUUGUCAUCAGUGACAGCAUCUCUCUUGCCCACAAUGUGGUCAAUGGCUUCGCCUCGCGCCCGGAUGCCCAGGCCAUCUUGGCCAAUGUGCCCUUCGGCUUUAUCGGCGCCACUGGCGGCCCGCAGAAUCUCUGCGAGCCCGCCCGCCGGGCGCAUGGGGCCAUCGCCGCGCGUGACAUUGACCGUGCGGCGGUUGCCCUGGCCCGGGCCAUUGGCGAAUCGGCCAACUGGCAUGGCGAUGUCCUUUCCGAUCCCAGCAGCCGGCCCUUCGAUGCCAUCUCCGUCACGCGGUCCGAGCCGGUCGCCGUGGCGAGUGCCCCGGCCGCCGGCGGCAAGGCGGGCGACGCGGCCACCCCCGCCGCCUCGGGGCCUGGCACGGGUGCUGCUGGUGCUGGUGCGGGUGCUGGUGCGGGUGCUGGUGCGGGUGCUGCUGCUCCGCCGCCUGUGGCCCGGCGCAGUGCCCCCCCGCGCAUCUUCGCCCUGGCCGGUGUCAUCAUCACGGCCGCCGAGCCGACCCCCGUGCAGCUGGCCGAAUUCCAGGCUGCCAACCCCAAGCCCAACGCCAAUCCCGGCCUCAUGCGCCGGGUCUUCCCCUUCUUCUUCAGCUCCAACGCCCCGAAGGCCCGGGCUCCCACGCCGAUUGCCAUUACCGGGCAGGUGUUGACCGGCGUGGCGCCGGCCAGCGCCAUCCGGCCCGCCGAUGACAAUGGCCUCUUUGCCAACCCCGCCGGCACGGUCACUCACCUGCCGGCUUUGACGGACUUGCGCCUGGUCGAACGUCAGGCUGGCAAGAAGAAGUCCUCGUCCACGGUGACCGCCGGCACGACCGACGACUCGGCCACCGCCGUGACCACCCUGGCCAACCCGGAGUGGACCCCGAAUGGAGAUGCGCCCCUGCCCUAUGCGGCCAUUCGCAUCCUCGUGGACAAUGUUGCCCCGGUGCUUGCCCGCAUGCCGCCCCGGUACCUGCAGACCUUGGAGCUCGGGGCCGAGGUGGUUCCCUCGUUGGAGGGCACCUUUGCGGCGAUCGGCGACAAGCUCCCCUCCUCCGGCGAGGCCGCUUGCAAGCCGUACCUCCUGCCGCUGACGGCCUCGGCUCCGCCGACCGUCGAGCAGUGGCUGGCCCAGCGGGCGGCUGCCGGGCACAAGCGUUCCCGCUCGCGCGAUGCCGCCGAGGAGCAGGCCUACUUCCAGAAGCUGACCCAGGGCCCGCGCGGGGGGCUCCUGACUCAGGUGAUCCGUGCUCCUUCGGCCGGGGCUUCGGGCGAUGCGCUACUGGAUCUGGCCCGGCUGCUGCCGGCCCCGGCGGUGGCUGGCAUUUUCCCCUCCCUACUGUCCGCUGGCCGGACCGUGUCAGGCGUCACCCCGGGGGCGUACCCUUCUCCCGGGGCCGGGAUGCUGUCGACCGUUCUCACCGAGGCGCCCUUGCCGGCCAAGGUGUCGCCGCUGGCCAGCCGGUCGGAUGCUGUGCCCGAUGAGAACCCCGCCUACUCGAGCGCCAUUCGCAUGCCGCGCAUGAGCGACAAGGUCCGCACCUUGGGCCCGGCCACGGCGGCCGGGGCAUCCAGCACUUCGGAGUCGGACUCCGAUGCGGCGGCGGCCGGGCAGAUUGUCACCGCGGCUCGCUUCGAGCCGGACACGCAGGGCUCUCCGAUCCCUGCCUGGGGCACCUGCCAUAUUGUGAUCGACUAUCAGAGCCACCCCAUCUCCAAGGUGCAUUUGGCCCUGCACCCGGGUCUGCUGCGUGUCUUCCGCUUGAGCGCCACGGUCUAAGCCGCCGCGCGCCUUUCCUUCCCCAACAAAGGCCGAGCCCCAGUGACCGGCUUUUGAUCAUGCCUGCCGCUCUCCUCGCCCGCCUCUCGCGCCCCUCCUUCAUAGCCGCGCGGCAGUUGGGCCACUCCCAUCCCCCCCCCCCUCCUCUUUUGCCACCCUUGGCGUGGGUCUCUGCGUGUCUCCGCCGACACUCAUCCAGACGGCGAAGUCCGAGCGGCAUGGCGCGCCCAGUUCCCGGCGUGCCUCUGGGCCAGAUCCCGCCCUCUGUGUCGCUUGUGCUGUGUCUGUGUGCUGCAGAGGACGCCCAUGCUCGUGCUCCUUGCGCGCCCCCGCUCAAGAUGUGGGCGAGGGCCUUCGUCCCAUCCCCCCGCUCUGUGUGGCGAUCGUACCCAUCCGCUGCUCCUCCAAGUCCCCCCCCCCC